AUGGUCAACAAUGCAGGUAGCACCGGCACCGGCGCCGGCGACGCCUCCGCGGCAAGCCCAGCCGUAGCCUCGUUUACCGUCAAGGCCGGACUGGCGCAGAUGCUUAAGGGCGGAGUCAUCAUGGACGUGACGGACGCGGCACAGGCACGCAUCGCCGAGGACGCCGGAGCGUGUGCCGUCAUGGCCCUCGAGCGGGUGCCCGCGGACAUCCGGGCCGAGGGCGGCGUCGCGCGCAUGUCGGACCCGCACAAGAUCAAGGAGAUCCAGGACGCCGUCACCAUCCCCGUCAUGGCCAAGGCCCGUAUCGGCCACUUUGUCGAGUGCCAGAUCCUCGAGGCCCUCGGGGUUGACUAUAUCGACGAGAGCGAGGUGCUCACCCCUGCCGACGACAAAUACCACGUCGAGAAGGCCGGCUUCGGCGUCCCCUUUGUCUGCGGCUGCCGCGGGCUGCCAGAGGCCCUGCGCCGUAUUGCCGAAGGCGCCGCCAUGAUCCGAACCAAGGGCGAGGCGGGCACUGGUGACGUCGUUGAGGCGGUCAAGCACAUGCGGCAGCUCAAGGACGACAUUGCGCGUGCCGUCGCUGCGCUGAGAGACGGCGGCGACCUGGCCAUCCGCGCACUUGCCCGUGAGUUUGAGUGCGACGCCGCCUUGCUUAAGAAAACGGCGGAGCUGGGACGGUUGCCCGUCGUCAACUUUGCCGCUGGUGGUAUUGCCACUCCCGCCGACGCAGCACUCAUGAUGCAGCUCGGCUGCGACGGCGUGUUUGUCGGAAGCGGCAUCUUCAAGUCGGGCGAUGCGGCCAAGAGGGCAAAGGCCAUUGUCCGGGCCACCACGCACUUCAGAGAUGCCAAGGUGCUGGCUGAGUGCAGCGAGGGGCUAGGAGAGGCCAUGGUCGGCAUCAGUGUCAGCAGCAUGAGGGCGGACCAGAAGUUGGCUGGCAGGGGCUGGUGA